UCUCAGAGCGAUCGAGAAUUACAAAUCGUGUAGAAGCGGAACGACUCGUCAUAAUCGUUUCUGGCUUUUUCCCCAGAGGUUGCAUACCGUCGACCUCUCUGCGAUAUCUACCCACACGUUCAAUAAUACAUUGAAUAUACUACUGAAUACACAGAAAUUGAUACUCGAUCGAUCGGCCGUAUAAAAAGCGAGCGUUUAGCACUGCAUUUAUAUAGUCAACCCGUUGCACCAAUUCGACAUGUCUCGCCUUCUCAUGAUGAUCGGCCUAGCGGCACUCGCUGUUUGCUUGGCCAGCGCACUGCCACCCAAAAGCUUUGUGGAUCGUAGCAAUGGAGUGGAGACGUCGAUUCCUGGCACAACGAUGCCAGAGGACUCGCAGCCAGCUCAGCCAGCUCAGCCGGUUCAGCCGGCUCAGCCGGUGCCCAACGUCCUGUACAAUCGGGGCGGCAAUGUUGCGCUGCAAAACGAGGCUGGCAGCAUCUAUAAGCGUCCCGAUGGGCGCACGGUCCUGGUUGGAGCUAAUGGUCAGACGCUUGUGACUAGCGCCGAUGAUAGUGACGAGGACACGUCCUUCGGCGAUGAUGGCAACUUUUUUGUAGGCCGUAAUGUUGUAAUUAAAGGAAAAAAGGGUGGCCAGAAUUUGAUCAAUGACGGCACAGUGAUCAUAUCUCAAACCGGCGAGGGUAGCGUCCAGACCUUCAACAACUACCGGAGUCAGCUUAUCAAUGGCGGACUACGGCUGACAGUCGCCGGCAAAAGCUACGAUUUCCCGGCCAAGGACGCUAGCGUUAAUUCCAAGGAGCAAAUCGAAAUCAAUGGCCAACAAGCUACGCUGCAGUAUGAUAACGGCAACAUUGUUGUCGAGCUGGCCGAUGGCACUGUGAUGGCCAAGGCCGAUGGUGGACUCUUCAGUGGCAAUCGCUAUUCGUACGACAACCGGAAGAAGCUCCAGGAGGAUGCCGCACAGGAUGUUGCAAAUCUGCAAACAAGUUUGUCUCAAUUGCAAAAAAAUAUAUCCACGCAGAUUAACCACGCAAUGGGGCAAUUCGAAAAAGAUCUCGCAUUCAAUCUGGGCAAUUUUCGUUUCUAGAGCUUGUACUAUAAUGAAUGAGUAAAUGUAUGUAUACAAUUUGCAUAAAUAAAUAAUUCAAUGCGCAUUCCAAAACUA